UUAAUCUCAAGCGCAGAUUUAAAAAAAGAAGCAAAAAGCAAAGAGCAGAGUCGUGCUUGUUCUUUAUUUUUCUUCCUCCGUCACAACAUAAAAAUUAAAUUAUAAAGCCGUUUUUUAAUUGAAUUUCGUUCUCUGCUCAGCAUUCGGCCGCUUCAUUUGCCAUUCAAAAAGCCACCAACCCCCUUUUUUAGCCAUGCUCCGCCGCUUUGCCUCUGCACACACCCGGGUUCUCUUCAACCACUGCCAGCACCAAGUGCUUCGGCCACAGCAAACCACCACCACCACCACCACACACGCCCAGCGGCUCUUCUCGUCCAACAGUCCCGCUAAUCUUGACAAGGAGAUCGAGACAAUCACAGAUCUAGCGACAACAGCCAAGGACGAGAUGGAGUACGCCGAGGAGUCGCGCAACUCCGUGUACUACAACGAGGACAAGAUGACUGCGCACGAGGCUGUGGAUGAAUUAACCUCAGCGUAUAAUGACUUGUUGGAGCGCAUUUCGGAUGCGGAUAAGAAUAUUAUGAGGGCCGGAUUGGAAUGCAUUCAGAGUGCUUAUGAGAUCAUGUCUUUGAACGAUCUUGAGGACUAGAAGGUGGGGGGAGA